UCGACUCAUUUAUAUUGACAUUUACAUAUAUUUUGCAUAGGAAACGGAACACUAAAAAAGUUGAAUAGAUUUACAUUUCAGUUAUUUGUAGGUCUUAUAGGAUUUGUAACCACACAUUAGUAUCUCUAAUUUUGCAGUAGAAAAGCACCUCAAUGAAAUGGAAACUCACAUGGAAAAUGGCGAUAAUGUCGAAAUGAAUAAUAUGCUGUGUGAUCUGAUAGAUAUCCAUAAGGUGAGUGGCAAUGAGGAUGCACUACAGCGUGUCCUGCGAAGCAUCUACAGCCUGUUGGACAGCAACAACGAUGUCAAGUUCAGCACAAAGCUAUUCGAUAAGCUCAUCUCAGUGGUGAUUGUCGAUCUGGGCGAUGCCAAUGUCACCCAUGAGCGAAUCGCCAAAGUGCUCGACGCCGUCAGGAUACAUGCACGACAAUCUCCCGCAUCCGGAUCGUAUUUAGUCCGUAAGCUCUCGUCCAUAGCACUGUGUGAACCCACUAACAUAGGGGGUGGUGAUCAGCUGGUGCCACUGCAUCCAUAUGCUGGCCAGAUAAUGGAGCAUUUCUUGGAUGAUUUUGUGCGAGAAUUGGGCUUGAAAACCGCCUGUUCCCCGCAGCUAUUUGUAGUACUGCAACGACUGCUGCAGUCGGAGUUGGGAGAAAAUCGUAAAGUGGCAUAUGCUAUAAUGCGAAAGCUGUUGGGAAUUGUUGAGAGGUGCAAAGAAAAUCCGGGGACAUCUCAGCUGGAGGCCAUGCAGUGCAUGCAGCCCCAUUGGACGGCGUAUAUAGUGAUAAUGGAGCAACUGGAGAAGCCCGAAUCGCAUUUGGUGCUUCCCAUGCUAAGUGGCAAUCUGCCACGAUUUGUGGCAAGCAGCUAUGAUGACAAUUGGCUUCGCUGGCUGCGUAUUCUCUACAUUCGUCUGCUCGAGAAUCAGAAUACUUUGGUCGUACGCUGGACCAUCGAAUACCUUCUUAUGUACUCCACCAUUAAUGAGCUGCGUCGCGUGGACUUAUUGGAUUUGUUUCUCGACUCCACCAACAAGGCGGAGUUGUAUGAUGCUGAAGAUUAUUUUCUGCCGGAGGUAAAUAUUAAGAUGUUCGUCCAGAAUAGUGGCACCUUGCAGUUCCUCGAGGCUUUAGUGGCCGUGUCCUGGCAGAGUCUGCCUCUGCUUCAUUGGCUGCGCAGCAUGCAACCACGACAGCCGCAUAUUUCCAAGAGUCUGUUGCUCAAAAUCUGUGGACGCAUCAAGUCUUUGCAACAUGAGAACCUACGCUAUGAGGCUCAAAACAGAAUGUUUGACAUAUUUGAACCCACAAUCGAGAGUUUAUCGCUUGGCGAUUAUAUACAGUUUAUAAAGGCACUUUGCGAUAGUUUCUGCAGGGAUCACAAACGUUUUACAGCAAAAAUCGCGAGUUGCACAAAUAUUUUGGAUGAAAUGGUUUAUUUCGACAAAUCUGUUUUUAUGAUGAUUUAUCGCGGAGAUGUCAAUAUUGGAAUUGAGCUGCACAAGCAAAUGAGUAAAUUGCCAAAGGUUCAACAUGGUUGGUGGCGUCUUUUCUCGUUUUUCUUCAGUUUAAAACUGGAAUUGGAAACUGAAAAAUCUGAAAUACUCAAAUUUUAUCAUAAGGAAUACGAGCUAGAUAUAGAGAUAUUUGAGAAUAUGGCGGACCUCAAAGAUUUGCAGCGAUAUGUGAAUGACAAAUUGAAUUGCGAGUCUGAGGAGGAAAUAUCUUUUGUUAUGCAUCGAUGUGUCGAUUGGUUCACUACUGAGAAAAUCACGAAAUGGUCACAAAUUGAGGAACUAAAUUUAAACCCGCAUGAACUCGUUGCUCAAGGGACAAUUCUAACUGUGCAGAGAGUUGCAUCCUUAUUGAAUGACGUUGAAUCACGAUUCAAUGAUGAAAGUAUUCUGAAGGUAUUAAUGAACUUUCUAAGACAGUAUCCGGAUAGUGUUUUAAUUGCUGCGGGUCUUGUUAAAUAUGCUGCUACUUUUAUGCCUCCAGAAGAAAGUGAGCAAAUCUUGAGCGAUGUGCUUGAAGUCAGCCAGUUCUUGAACUUCAGCGUUGUGAGUUGUAUAAAGAGUGUGCCGAUACCACUGAUAAUCCGAGGAAUCAUUUCGGGCAGUCCUCUAUCUGGCGCUAAGUGCAUCGAAUAUGGUUAUUUGAUUAGUCAGUAUAAUUAUUUUUUCACAAGCUGCCGGAAACGGGAUAGCUAUAUAAAUUUUGUUAUCGAUCGAAGAUCAGACAUUAUCGCAGUGAUCGAUGAACUCUUACGCAUAAACAAUCAGAUGGUUCAGAGUAAUGUGAUUUACCUAGAAAAUUCGAAGGAUCAUCGUAUUAAAAUGCGUAUUGCCAGAGCCUUGUUGAGGAUUACGUUCAAGAAUCCGGGCUAUUGGUCAGAUCAGUUAUGGGACGUAGUGCUAGCAUUGGACGAACAUGAGAAUAUCAAAUAUAUGUUCGAAUGUCUGGUGGCUCGAUGUCUGCCUAGUGUGGAUGUGUUGUUGAAUCGACUAAUUCAGUUAGAUGCUCUUGAAUCGAGUCAGCAGAUCUCCCUAAUUUCAGUGCUGCACAUAUAUUGCUUGAACAAGUAUAAUCACGUCAAACCGGAGCAGUUGCAGAGGAUUAUUGAUCUGCUAUUACCGCAAACAAUGAGCAACGAUUUCGAGACUCGUCUGUUCACCCAACUAAUUUUACACAGGUUACUGCAACAAUUCGAGGAUAGCAAUAUAAAGCUGCCGGGCGUUACAAAUAUGAAGAAUGCCAUUGAAGGUAAUCUGGGCGACAAACUACAGGAAUACGAAGAUGAAGGUCGACUUUUACUACCCAAGAUUUGCUAUCAGACUCCAGAUGGUUUGCAAGCAGCAGACUUCAUAUUAUAUAUGACCUACGCACCAUGUGAUGAAUACUUUGCCGAUUCCUUGCGACCCAAUAUCAAACUGAAAUCAGAACUGGCCAAGUUUCGAAAUAUUGUUAGGGAAAAAGGGGAAAUACAGUUCAGCUUGUCUUAAUGACUGUACAUUCAGACAUUAAAGCCUUUUUGUUUGACAUUCAGA